AUGCAUAUCCAAUCAAUUCCCAUGUGUACGAGGGAGGGUUCGGGCAACAAUUAUGCCUACUUAGUCUCAGAUGACAAGACCAAGGAAGCAGUUAUUAUUGACCCUGCCAAUCCUCCGGAAGUUCUACCUGUUCUGCGGGAGCAAACCACUACUGGGGGUCUUAAGUUAACCAAGAUCAUCAACACACAUCACCACCACGAUCAUGCGGGAGGUAACGUGGAUGUUAUAAAAGCAUUCGGCUUGCCUGUAAUUGGCGGUCGCGACUGCGACAAAGUAUCCGAGACACCCAGCCACAACAGCACUUUCAAGAUCGGAUCCAUCAACGUUAAAGCCCUCCACACACCCUGCCAUACACAAGACAGCAUAUGCUUCUACUUCGAAGACGGAAACGAUCGCGCAGUCUUCACCGGAGACACACUAUUCAUCGGCGGCUGCGGACGGUUCUUCGAAGGCACUCCAGAGCAGAUGCACAAGUCUUUGAACGAAACCCUAGCGGCCCUUCCCGAUGACACGAAGGUCUACCCUGGACAUGAGUACACAAAGGGCAACGUCAAGUUUGCAAAGAGCGUACUGGACAAUGAUGCCAUCAAAAAGCUCGACACCUUUACACAAGAGAACAAGCAGACGCAGGGCAAGUUCACCAUCGGCGACGAGAAGAAGCACAACGUAUUCAUGCGCGUUGAUGACCCUGAGCUCCAGAAAGUCACUGGCAAGACACAGCCUAUCGAUGUUAUGGGAGCGCUGCGAGCCAUGAAAGACAAGUCGUAG